ACCGAAAAGUACUGAUACACGAGGCGCAUGCAUCGAUCUCACGCCCGUCCCCUUCUACAGCGUGAUACUUGCUCUCACUACCCCCAACGAACUCGCUGACAACCGACAAUGCCUGCUCGUGGCAAUGCUGUCGAUGCUAUCCUUGACGCCUCCUCUCCUCUCCUUGAGAUAGCGGAGGGUGCUCUCGAGCUUGCGCCUAUACCAGGUCUAGCUCUGAUCGCAAAAGGGCUGGCGUAUAUUGUCGAAAGGGUCAAGGUCGCCAGGGAGAAUAACGAGGAACGUCAUGCCCUUCUCGCUCAAGUCAAAGAGCUUGGGACCGUUAUCAAUAGGGCAGCAACGAAGGUGCGAACCAUAGUAGCGGAAUACGAUGGAGACGAACGUGGCAAGAAGGAGCUGGUAGAGAAAAUCAAGCACUCUGACGAGCUUCAGGAGCGAAUACGGGAUUUGCUCAGGUAUAACGAGAACCUAUCCACAAUCGGCGAACUGCAAGGGCGCGCGGGAGAGCUGAAGGGCGGAACAGGAAUUAGCGGGUUCUCCAAGAAAUUCAUCUACGCAUCUCGGAAUCAAGCCAUUAUGUCUGAAAUGAAGCAGGCAUUAACAAGUGCUACAAAUUUAUUUCAGCAAAUCCAGCGCCAGCUACAGGAAGCUGAGGACCAGAGAAUCCUGGAUUCCAUUCUUCGCGCAUCUGCAAGCUAUCGCUCGGUCGAUGAACUCAAGAGCGGGUUCAUGCAAGGCACUCGGGAGGAGCUCUUUGCAGAGCUAGAUCGUUGGUCGGCUGGCCAGUUCCCCGAAGACGAGCUUAAGCGCUUCUACCUCCUCUGCGGCGGAGCGGGUCUGGGGAAGUCUUCGAUCGCCCACCAAUUAUGUACGCGGAUUGAGACAGCGGAGCAGCCCUCACUCAGGUUGGGCGCAUCGUUCUUCUUCGUCCGCGGCGGCGGAGAUCUCGAAGCCGCUCGCCUACUCUUUCCCACCCUUGUAUACCAGCUUGCACAGUUCCGGCCAACACUUCGCCCUCACAUCGUCAACGCUGCGCGGGAGUAUCUCAAGCACGGUGAUUCACAACAGACGCAACACGCAUUCGAAAAGCUACUUCGAGAAGCUCUCACCGCCGCUCCCGUAUCUGAUCAGGUACCGACGUUGCUCGUCAUCGACGGGUUGGACGAAUGCAAGGACAGGAAUCUGGUUCCUGAUUUGCUUCGAUCCUUGCUGAGUCUUGUCCGCGAGUUACCCUGGCUGUAUGUCUUCGCCGCAUCCCGGCCAGAGCCUCAUAUCCUGUCGGUGCUUGCAUCUUCCAGCUCCGCCAACAUUGUUCAUCGCAGGCAAUUGGAAGACACGUUAAAAAACUGGGCCGGCGAUGUGGAAUUCUACCUCAAGAAGACGGUCCCGAAGAUCCCUUUGUACGCCGAUUACCUCGACAAGCACCCUGACGCCCUUGAACGCCUCAUCUCGCAUGCGGCCGGCGUGUUCAUCUUCGCCCGCAUCGUGGUGAACUUCUUGGAUACACACCAGAAUCACCCAGAGGAAUGGUUUGAACUUAUUCUCUCAGAUGGAGGUCCAGCAGUAUUGCCCCUCGACACAUUGUACUUGCAGAUCCUACAGUCGGCAUUUCCCCCAGAAGACUUACGCGCCUCACCUCGUCAGCGUGAACGUCUCCUUUCCCUCCUGCGUUUCGUAGCGUUGGAAUCGGAAAGGGUAAACCCCGAUACUAUUGCAUUUUAUGAACGCGAACUGUCCGUGGACGACGUCUUCUUUAUGGUUGACCGCCUCCGCUCCGUGUUGACGAUCGACAAGGACGAGGAUGUGGUGCCCCUCCAUGCCUCCUUUGGCGAAUUCCUCGUCGAUGAUCGUCGCUGCAGUGACGCACUCUACCAUGUGGACAAGUCCGAAGGACAUGCUCACCUUGCGUGUGUCUGUUUGUCCGCCAUGUCCUUCGAAAAUUACACAUAUGUCCGGCAGAGGUUUAGAGACCUGACGUCCAUGCAUGCACAUAUUAACCUUGACAUAAUGGAGAGGAGCUGGUCGGUGCAUGUUAGGCAGGCCGCAUAUACUUCACAGUUGGAAAAGCAGCUAUCUCAGUUUGUGGGAGAUAUCCGACUGACCUUGCAUUCAUGGGUAUACAAGGAGUUUGCCCCUCAAAUGGAAAAUCAUCGUUUACAGAUUGUAUGGGACUAUCUUCAGCCUUCCGGAGCUAGAAAAGCAAUAUGCUCUGAGUUCCUCAAGUUUAGCAUAUAUGUCAAUCUAUGGCAGUUCGGCGUGCUUACAUCUCCGAAUCGUACUCCACCACAAAUCAGCUCGAGCGACAUAUCUCAGGCCAUCCGAAGGCUUCCUCGCGAAUUCGAACAGCUGCUUCCUGACCUGGACCUCGCCGUCGAAAACAGCCUCUUGGCACGAUACCAGGCUCGCAUGGAGAACUUCAUGACAGAGGUUAACCGAGAUGAGGAGACCAGGAAACUGUGGUGCGAGGACUUCUAUACGUACGAGCAAAUUCAUCUGGCAGGUCUCGACCGCCCCGACUCGGAGCCCAGUACGCCUCUCCAUGGCCCAAUUACUGCUUCCCCGUCGUCUUUAUCCAUCGCUACCGUAGCAUCAGAGACGCUUUCUACUCCGUCACCGGAGAGCAACACUAUCCCCUUGGGCGAUGGCGGUACUGCAUCCGACACAGCCGAUGACGUCCCGUCGCCACUUGAUCCCUAGUCGACGACGGACUAGCCGGCCACCCCCGGGCCCCGCAUGUAGCGGCGUCUGGUACUCGUACCAGGCUAGCACUUGCACCUACAAGAGCCUAGGGCCCUCCACAUUCCCGCUUAUAAUCCCGAUCCCCACCAACGUCGGCGAAAAGCCCAUUGCCACAGGCACGAAGACUUGGAGAAAGAGAAGAACCGAGACAUAUUGACCAUGUACACUUGUUAUCAUUCUCAUCUUUCCAUCUUUCCGCUGCCAUGGACAAAGACAUUCGAUCACUCCAAAGAGUAGCUACAUCCCAGUACGAUAGAGAUGCUGUAAUCACUACACACAAAACAAGUAGGAUGGUGACAUGGAAAGGAACGGCACAGGGAGAAGUCCGGCAGAGGAGGCUGCCACGGCGAGGAUCUCACUCGUCCGAGUCGUCGCUUGGCGUCAGGUCCUCACCGCCGCUGGGCACCCGCUUUCGCACACUCUGCGAUCUUGGCGGCGGCCGUUCGUCCUUGUCUAGCGGAGUCGGCACAGAGUUGUGCGACUCAGACUCGGCGCCAGGGGCGGCAGGCGCACUGCGCAGGCCGGCGCUGAGACUCGCGCAGUCGAACGUCGUCCUGCAAAUCUUCAUCUCGUACACGUCGCUGCAAAUCCUGAAUAUCGGCGCCCAGGUUUCGACGCCAUCAAUGAAUAGUAGGCGACAAAAAGGAGCGGCGAAGAAUGCUCACAUUAUGACGGUAUCGUUGUAAAAACUAGACCACUAGCACGCGCUGACGGAAUGAAGGUUUCGUAUCCGGAGGCCCUAGCGACGGACAAGGUAGCAUGGCCAGCGCGACCCUCGAUCUUCGCUCCACCGUCAAGUCGUCGAUAUUUUUUUGGCAUAUACCUUCAGAGAACCGCCAGCGGCGCGUAGAAGAAUGUGCAGGCCAUAUGGCGUACAUCCUUGUCUGCUAAUCGCACGCAGCUAUAUCGCGUUUCGUCUGCUCGGGCAUCUGCGACUGAUGGUUCCGACCUUGACUGACUCGACCUCGUUCAUUUUGCAACUCAACGUCCUUGAGAUGAAACAGCAAGAACGGGUCGAAGACUGCGCAUAUACUUUUUCCACCUGUGAUUCAGCCCGGGCGUCGUCUUGGUCGGCGCAGGUGGCUGGGAAUUGUCCGACCUGCGCGGCAUACGCAAGGAUGGGGGUGGAUGCCACCACCAAGCCCUUCCCAUAUAUAUAUAUAUAUAUAUCGCACUUCAGUUGAAAAGCGUGAUGCUCUCCGAACUAACUCGUUGACGCCGUAGAGCCGGUCGAAGCAAAAGGCGAUGCAGGAGAUAUUUCGCAGGGCUUCGUUAGCACUCGUCUUGACGAACUGUCUCGCACAUUGACAGUCGAGAGCUAACGGGCUGAUGGCGGGUUGGCCGGCUAGUGGCGAGGAGGCUAGCGGAAAAGUGAGU